AUAAAUGCUUUGUAGUUAAUAGGGAAUUGAGAGCACUCCACACUUCUUUAUAUAAAAUCUAUGAUGUUCAUAACUUAAGGAAUCUUUGAUUUAAUAUUUUACAGAUCCUUGUAACACACUUUUAUAAAGAUGACAUUUAUUAAAGAGGAGAGUGAAGACAUGAAGAUUGAAGAAACAUUCAGAGUCAAUCAUGAAGACACUGAGGAACAAACAAAGAUGGAGUUUAUUAAAGAGGAGAGUGAAGACAUGAAGAUUGAAGAAACAUUCAGUCUCAAUCAUGAAGAUACUGAGGAACAAACAGACCUGAUGACACAGGAAGAGGAGAGUCAAGAACUCAAUGAAAAGGAAGACAAUGUUCAGCAUGAGAAAUAUAAUUUCAUGACUGGAGAAAAGUCAUUUAGUAACUCACCUACUGAAAAGACUUCACAAAAAAAAGCUCAAAAGACAGCAGACAGAAGUUAUUUCACCUGCCAACAAUGUGGGAAAAGAUUCAACAGAAAAGGAAGUCUUGAAAUCCACAUGAAAGUUCACACUGGAGAAAAGCCUUUCACCUGCCAACAGUGUGGAAAGAGUUUCAUUAAUAAAACAAACCUUAAAAGCCACAUGAGAAUUCAUACUGGAGAGAAACCUUUCACCUGCAAACAGUGUGGGAAAAGAUUCACCAGAAAAGAAAGUCUUGAAGUCCACAUGAGAAUUCACACUGGAGAAAAGCCUUUCACCUGCCAACAAUGUGGAAAGAGUUUCAUUAAUAAAACAAACCUUAAAAGCCACAUGAGAAUUCACACUGGAGUGAAGCCUUACACAUGUUCUCAAUGUGGAAAAAGUUUUGCAUAUAAACAAACCCUUGUUAACCACAUGAAAAUUCAUACUGGAGAGAAACCGUUCACCUGCCAACAAUGUGGAAAGAGCUUUAUUCAAAAACCAAACCUUAAAGACCACAUGAGAAUUCACACUGGAGAGAGACCUUACAUAUGCCAACAAUGUGGAAAAAGUUUUCAUCUUAAAAAAACCCUCGUUAACCACAUAAGAAUUCAUACUGGAGAGAAACCUUUCACCUGCCAACAGUGUGGAAAGAGUUUCACUGACAAAAGAAACCAUAGAAAACACAUGAUAACUCAUACUGGAGAGAAGCCUUUCUCCUGCAAACUGUGUGGAAAGAGCUUUAUUCAAAAACCAAACCUUAGAGACCACAUGAGAAUUCACACUGGAGAGAAACCUUACACAUGCCAACAAUGUGGAAAGAGUUUUACACAAAAAGGAAACCAUGGAAAACACAUGAGAAUUCACACUGGAGAGAAGCCAUGA